AUGUCCGCCGUCAUCAGCGCCGCACGCUCGGCCAUACGCAGCGUCACCGGCACCGAGCGAUCCAGCUUCGCGCGCCUUCGCGCGCCUGAUUCGCUCGAUCCUCGGUACGACCAGGGCGGGGAGGAUGCGGAUACUCCGUGGUGGCGGACGCCGUUCCUGGAGGUGCCCGCGACCGAGCGGAGGCGCGGCCCGACGAGAGACCGCGGUCGCGACGACAACGACGACAUAGGCAUAGACGACGACACGGACGAUAGGUUCUACGUCGGGGACGAUCCGCUGUGGCCGACGCUGUCGCACGUCGUGCUGAUGUCCUUCGCGCUUCGUCAGAUGGUCCGAGCGCUCGAGCGGCACCACGACGGCGAGAAGCUCGGGGAAUCGUGCGUGUGCAACAUGACCGUGUCGCAGCUGCGUCAGUGCGCGGAGGAUGCAGUGGAGAAAGCGGUGAAGGAGGUGGGCAAGUACGAGCUAAAGCGCGUGGGGACCGAGCCGAAGCCGCCCAAUCCGGAUGAGUUUCCAAAUUACGUCCACAUCAAGCAUGUCGCAAAGGCGCCUGCAGACCGGCCAAAAUCGGAGGGUGCCCUGGAGUGCGAUAUGCAACACGUGGACUUCAUCGGUGACGACCUACUGGACGUGCUGCGGCGGAGGAAGUGGUGGGAUAGGCGGGCGAAGAAGCGGCUCAAGAUGGUGACGGCGGUAAGCUACUGGCGCACGGGUAAGCCGCUUAAGGUGAUACGGGAAGAGCUGAUACGCUCGGAGCAGAAAGCGGCGAUUUCCGCGAAGAAGAACGGGACCCCGCCGCCGCCUACAGUUUUUGGCACCAGGGAGGAGGUUCAGGCGCUGAUGCCCAAGGUGAACGAUAAGCGCGAGGAUCAGAAGGUGUCGCCGGAGGAGAACCUGGCGGGAGAGGUCAUCUUACUGCAUCCGGAGGAACACGAGAUGCGGUUCUUGGAGUUGAUGAUCCACGCGCUGCUUCGCUUCGACGUGCACCUGGCGAGCACGAAAUACCACGUCAACAUGCAGAUCGACUACGACGAGGACAACAACAUUGUGACGGACAGCAGUGGCCGCGAGUACGGCUGCGUGGACUCGUGCGCCAUCUCUUGA